UUCAACGUCCAACAGAAGAAAAUCUCCCGCCAUUAUCGCGUUGUGUAAUCUCUUGAACCGGCAAUCAAAGAUUACAGAGACAAAGAUUAGAUUACAGAUAUAAACUUUAGUGACAGUCCAAAAAUAAAUAAAUAAAUCUCACUAUAUAUAUAUAUAUUGAUAAUUGAAGCCAAGAGAGAGGAGAGAGAAAUAGCCUCUGCAUAGAGAUGAAACCCAAAGGAAAAAGAGUUUCGGCCCUCAAGUCGAAGUUAGGGUUACCCUCUGUCUUCCUCUUUUGCUCCCUCUGCUUCUUGACCGGCCUCUUCGGACACAUCAUCUUCUCUAAGGAUGAAAUUGGUGUUCGAUCGAGGCCUAGAUUGCUCAAAUCGGUUGGGGAAGAGGAUGAUUCGAUGCCGCAUGGAGAAACUGGAGAAUCUGGGGUUACUUCGAUCCCGUUUCAGGUUUUGAGCUGGAAACCUCGAGCUCUUUAUUUUCCUAAUUUUGCAACAGCAGAACAAUGCCAAAACAUAAUUGAUGUGGCAAGGUCAAAACUUAAACCAUCAGGUCUAGCUUUUCGGAAGGGAGAAACUGCUGAGACUACCAAGGGAAUUAGAACAAGCUCUGGCACAUUUAUCAGUGCAUCAGAAGACGGAACUGGAAGUUUGGAGAACGUUGAGAUAAAAAUUGCAAGGGCUACAAUGAUUCCAAGGAUCCAUGGAGAGGCAUUUAAUAUUCUGCGGUAUGAGAUUGGGCAGAGAUAUGUUUCUCAUUAUGACGCAUUCCACCCGGCUGAGUAUGGUCCACAGGAGAGCCAAAGGAUUGCUUCCUUCUUGCUGUAUCUAUCUGAUGUGGAAGAAGGUGGUGAAACCAUGUUUCCUUUCGAGAAUGACUCGAACAUGGGUGUGGGCUAUGAUUACCAAAAAUGCAUUGGUUUGAAAGUGAAGCCUCGCCAAGGGGAUGGACUUCUUUUUUAUUCAUUGUUUCCAAAUGGCACAAUCGAUCGGACUUCUCUUCAUGGGAGCUGUCCAGUGAUUAAAGGGGAGAAAUGGGUGGCUACAAAGUGGAUCCGAGAUCAAGAGCGAGGGGAUUGAUUUCUAUAGUGACAUAUAGAAGGCAUUCUAGUUCAAAAUUCAUAUAUUCUUUUGAGCAUUAAGAUUGCCUCCUUGUGUGAAAAAUGGAAAAUUUGUCACCAUCAUUAUAAGUAGUACAUCAAGCAAGCAACAGCAAAACUUUAAAUUUUUACAUAUGGGUUUAUUAUUAAAUCUCCUUUGAACUGCAUUUGCAUGCCAAGGAGUACUCAUGUUCUGCCUUCUUACUCCCUACCCUUCACAAGCCUCUCGCUUUAUUUGCCCACGGUUUCAUGAUUGUUUUUUUCCUUUUCCAAAGUCUUUUUUAUGAGAGUACCUUAAUUGCUGCAAUGGUGAUGAACAUCUUUUUUUUAAACGUCCGGUGUGAAAUAAUUUUUUCCAAGUUUCAUCAUCCCAAUUCCAUGUUUGCUAAAAUUAUCUAUUUUUUUCGUUGGCUAAUAGGCAUUUAGUCUAAUGGUAUAACUUUUUUUUUUUUGUCAAAGAGAGAGAAAUGAUUCUAGCUAGAUUGUGGAAAAAAAAAUGUGAGUGAUUGAGUGUUUCUUGUCAUGAAAAAAAAGAUAUAUUAUAACCUUCUAAAAUACUCUAGGGAGUUGUGCAUUUUCUUACCACCUCAAUUUGAACAUUUUAAAGAUUUUCAAUGCAGGAGCAACAAUAGAUUCCAUC